CGCCGUUGGGUGGCCGGCCCCGGGCGGGCGGCGCGUCCCCUCCAGGAUUGGCUGCCUCCCCGUGACAUCACGCGGCUCGGGGGAAAAGUGCGAGCGUGAGCGCGAGUCGGAGCCACAGCGCAGGGAGCUGCGGGCGGAGCAGGGGCCGCCCCUCGGCACCCCGUCCCCGCCCCCGGCCCGCAGCCCGCCGCCGCCCCGCCCGCCGGCCCGCCGGGCCCCGCCGUCUGUCCGGCGCGAGGGGAGCGGGGCGGAGGUGUCUGGCACCAGCCACCCACCCCCUUGCUCAGCAAGAUGGCAAACUUCACCCCAGACAACGGCAGUGCAGGGAACCAGUCUGUGCGCCUGGUGACAGCCCAGAACCGCUACGAGACGGUAGAGAUGGUCUUCAUCGCCACGGUGACGGGCUCGCUGAGCCUGGUGACCGUGGUGGGCAACAUACUGGUGAUGCUGUCCAUCAAGGUCAACAGGCAGCUGCAGACCGUCAACAACUACUUCCUGUUCAGCCUGGCCUGCGCCGACCUCAUCAUCGGCGCCUUCUCCAUGAACCUCUACACCGUGUACAUCAUCAAGGGCUACUGGCCCCUGGGUGCCGUGGUCUGUGACCUGUGGCUGGCCCUGGACUACGUGGUGAGCAACGCCUCGGUCAUGAACCUUCUCAUCAUCAGCUUCGACCGGUACUUCUGCGUCACCAAACCCCUCACCUACCCGGCCCGGCGCACCACCAAGAUGGCUGGCCUCAUGAUCGCGGCCGCCUGGGUCCUGUCCUUCGUGCUCUGGGCACCCGCCAUCUUGUUCUGGCAGUUUGUGGUGGGUAAGCGGACCGUGCCAGACAGCCAGUGCUUCAUCCAGUUCCUGUCCAACCCGGCGGUGACCUUCGGCACGGCCAUCGCCGCCUUCUACCUGCCCGUCAUCAUCAUGACGGUACUCUACAUCCACAUCUCGCUGGCCAGCCGCAGCCGGGUCCACAAGCACCGGCCCGAAGGCCCCAAGGAGAAGAAGGCCAAGACGCUGGCCUUCCUCAAGAGCCCCCUGAUGAAGCAGAGCAUCAAGAAGCCCCCGCCCGGGGUCGCGGCCCGAGAGGAGAUGCGCAAUGGGAAGCUGGAGGAGGCCCCUCCCCCAGCGCUGCCACCCCCGCCACGCCCCGUGCCGGACAAGGACACUUCCAAUGAGUCCAGCUCAGGCAGUGCCACCCAGAACACCAAGGAGCGACCCCUCACGGAGCUGUCCACCACAGAGGCCACCACCCCCGCCACGCCCGCACCCUCCCUCCAGCCCCGGGCCCUCCACCCCGCCUCCAAAUGGUCCAAAAUCCAGAUCGUGACGAAGCAGACGGGCAACGAGUGCGUGACGGCCAUCGAGAUCGUGCCGGCCACACCCGCCGGCAUGCGCCCGGCUGCCAACGUGGCCCGCAAGUUUGCCAGCAUUGCCCGCAACCAGGUCCGCAAGAAGCGGCAGAUGGCGGCCCGGGAGCGCAAGGUGACACGGACCAUCUUCGCCAUCCUGCUGGCCUUCAUUCUCACCUGGACGCCCUACAAUGUUAUGGUCCUGGUGAACACCUUCUGCCAGAGCUGCAUCCCCGAAACAAUGUGGUCCAUCGGCUACUGGCUGUGCUACGUCAACAGCACCAUCAACCCCGCCUGCUACGCGCUCUGCAACGCCACCUUCAAAAAGACCUUCCGGCACCUGCUGCUGUGCCAGUACCGCAACAUCGGCACCGCCAGGUAGGCGCCAGGCUGCCCGAGGAGCGGCUGGUGGCCGAGCGCUGGGGACCACAUGGGAGAGACCCGUGAGGGCAGCGCCCGCGCUCAUGUUCGCUGGAGAGAAGCGAGGUCCCCGGGAGCCCUUCUCUCAAGGCUCAGGCUGCAGUGGGUCGGGGGUCCAAGAAGGGUCGGGACACUGGGCCAUCCCUGCAGGCCUGCCUUAGGGAGGAGGGCACUGGGGGGAGGGUCCCUGGCCUGUGCGGCCACCUGCCCCACCAGCA